AUGGCGGCCGACGCCGACGCCGCGACCGCCCCCGCGCUCGGCACCGCGGUCUUCCGCGUCCUGUGCGCCGAAACCCGCGUCGGUGGGUUGAUCGGGCGCCAGGGGAAGCGCGUGCGCGGGAUCGUCACCGAGACCGGGGCCCAGGUGAAGGUGUUGGCGAGCACGGCGCGGUGUCACGAGCGCGCGGUGUUAAUCUUCGCCCCGCGCGCGCGCGAUGGACCCGGUGAUACGUGCGCGGCGCGCGAGGGCGCGCGCAGGGUGGUGCGGUACCUCACGCGCGCGCGCGCGGUGACGGAGGAUGAAUGCGACGGCGCGCGGGACGAGAGCGAGGACGAGAGCGACGACGACGACGACGGUCGUCGUGGAGAUGGCGUCGGUGGUCAAGACCUCGGGCGGUCGACCGCGCACGUCACGCUGCGAUUGCUCGUGCCGGCGGGACAGGCGGGACAUCUCAUCGGGAAAGGGGGGGAGAACAUACAAGAGGUGCGAAAACGGGCGAACGGGGCGCACGUGGCGGUGCAAGAGGUCGGGCAGGUCCCGCCGUGCGCCACGAGCGAGGAUCGCGUGGUUGAGAUUCACGGGAAACCGAAGGACGUGCGGGUGGCGGCGGACGCGGUGUUCGAGUCGCUGAAGGAUUACUUGGUCGAUUCGAGCGUGUUGGGGCACUACCAGCCCACGGUGGCGGCGCCCGCGGGGGCGAACGUCGGGGACGUGGGCGCGACGGCGAUGGGAAUCGGGAAUCACCCGAUGUCCGCGCCCAUGGGUAUGGCGCCCGUCGGUAUGGCGCCCGUGGGGAUGGCGCCGGGAACGAUGAUGAUUCCCGUCAUGCCGAUGAUGACGCAGAUGCAACCGGGAAUGCAACCCGCGGGGAUGCCUCCGGUACACGACAGCGUCGAAAUCGAUGGAGAAAAGGUGGCGAACGUGCUCGGCGAACACGGCGCCAACAUAUCCACAAUCGCGCAAAUCUCCGGGUGCCAAGUCUCACUCAUCGAGACGAAUCCGGACACGAACCUGAGCGAAGUCGAACUCUCGGGGCCGCACGAAAGUAAUAUCGCGGCCGCGAAGAGUCUCGUUCGCGCCUUCGCCGAGGGCGAAAUGAUGCCUGCCCAAGCCUUUCAGCCUGGAUAUCCGAUGUACAUGCCGAUGCCUUUUCCCCCGCAACAAAUGAACGGAGGCAUCGGCUCGCCUCUUGCCCCCGAGUCCGAAUAA